CUAUCGAAUACAUCCCAUCACUGUGCGUCGUUUACCAGAGUUUUCAAUAUAGGAUUUUCGGCGUGGAAAACUGCUAAAAUAAGUGGAAAAAGAGUUUAAAAAGUGCAAAACAAUGAACACACUUGGUCCUAAAAAGGACGGAAGUCCGAAUAUUGACUUUUUUCAGUCUCCGGAGACGCUACAGGGCUUCGAAUCCAUCCGACAUUGGCUGCAGAAGAACUGCAAAAAGUAUCUGGCCCACAGUUCGGAGCCCAUUACUAAGGAGUCUCUGGCCCAGUUGCUCAUACAAUUCCUGCAGUAUGUGGAGGCUAAGCUCGGCAAGAAUUCGGCGGAGCCGCCGGCGACAAGAAUUCCGAUGCGUUGCUUCCUGGACUUCAAGAGCGGUGGCGGACUCUGUAUAAUCUUCUCGACCAUGUUCCGGUUUCGGGCCGAGCAGCGCGGCAAGAAGUUCGACUUCUCCAUUGGCAAGAACCCAUCACGGAAGGAUCCAAACAUUCAGCUGCUGAUCGAGAUCGAGCAGGCCCUGGUCGAGGCGGAUCUGUAUCGCAUUCCCUACAUCUACAUUCGCCCGGAGAUCGAGAAGGUCUUCGAGAGUAGGCUGCGUGAAAUCCUGGACAACCGUCGCGUCGAGAUCGUAACCGACGAGGAGGACGCCACCCACAUUGUCUACCCCAUUGUGGACCCACAUCCGGAUGAGUAUGCCCGACCCAUCUUCAAGCGAGGCGGUCAUGUCAUGCUGCAUUGGUACUACUUCCCGGAAUCGUACGACUCCUGGGCUGUUAACAACUUCGAUCUGCCGGAAAAUAUUCCGGAGAAUCCCGAGUCGCCGGCAGAGCGUUGGCGCGUAUCUGCCUCCUGGAUUUUGGAUCUAGAGCAGUACAACGAAUGGAUGGCCGAGGAGGACUACGAGGUGGACGAACAGGGCAAGAAGAAGACGCACAAGCAGCGCAUGUCCAUUGACGACAUCAUGUCCUUCGGGGACGAGAAGAAGAAACCGGCUGCCAGCUCCGGAGGCAAGCAGAAGCGAAGGCGUUCUCCAUCGCCGUCCGCCUCGGCUUCCACCUCAAAGCCAGGCAAACGCAAGCGGUCCCCAGCCGUGGUUCAUAAGAAGUCGCGGAACGACGACGAAGACGAGGAUCUGACACGGGAUCUGGAUGACCCACCGGCCGAGCCAAAUGUUCAGGAAGUGCACAAGGCAAAUACAGCGCUACAGUCAACAGCUAGUCCGGCUCCUGGCGGAAAAUCCCGAGGAGAUAACGAUAUGAUGCCCAUAAAGGGUGGCACCAUGACCGACUUGGAUGAUGAAAUGACAGGCGGAAGUGCCGCCCAGGCCAUGUCCACGGGCGAUGGCGACAAUUCCCAAACUGGAAAAACAAGCGACAACAGCAACACGCAGGAGUUCUCAUCCUCAGCUAAGGAAGACAUGGAGGACAAUGUGACCGAGCAGACGCACCACAUCAUAGUGCCCUCGUACUCGGCCUGGUUCGACUACAACUCGAUCCAUGUUAUUGAGAAGCGAGCCAUGCCAGAGUUCUUCAACAGCAAGAACAAGUCCAAGACACCGGAAAUCUACAUGGCAUACAGGAACUUUAUGAUAGAUACCUACAGGUUGAAUCCAACCGAGUACUUGACCAGCACUGCCUGCAGAAGAAACCUGGCUGGUGACGUGUGCGCCAUCAUGAGGGUUCACGCCUUCCUCGAGCAGUGGGGCCUCAUCAACUACCAGAUCGACGCCGAUCUGCGUCCCACGCCAAUGGGACCGCCACCGACCUCACACUUUCAUAUACUCUCCGAUACUCCAUCUGGGCUGCAGGCCAUUAAUCCCCAGAAGACCCAACAGCCGUCGGCGGCCAAGACUUUGUUGGAUCUGGACAAGAAACCGCUUGGCAAGGACUCUGAGCUGGUGGACAAGAUCAAAACCGAGGCGCUUGAGAACGGGGCUGCCGGAGGACUGAGCUCUGGGGUGAGCCAGUUUGGUCUGAAGCUGGACCAGUAUGCUAAGAAGCCGGCGGCUAUGCGAAAUCGCACGGCGGCCAGCAUGGCCCGUGAAUGGACAGACCAGGAGACGCUGUUGCUCCUCGAGGGCCUCGAGAUGCACAAGGAUGACUGGAACAAGGUCUGCGAGCAUGUGGGCUCUCGAACUCAGGACGAGUGCAUUCUGCACUUCCUCCGGCUGCCCAUUGAGGAUCCGUAUCUGGAGGACGAUGGUGGUUUCCUCGGACCACUGGGAUGUCAGCCCAUUCCGUUCAGCAAGAGCGGCAAUCCCAUUAUGUCCACAGUAGCCUUCCUGGCCUCGGUUGUGGAUCCCAGAGUAGCAGCUGCGGCCGCUAAAGCUGCCAUGGAGGAGUUUGCUGCCAUUAAGGAUGAAGUGCCUGCCACUAUAAUGGACAACCACAUGAAGAACGUUGAGAAGGCAUCGGCCGGAGGGAAGUUUAAUCCAAACUUUGGUUUGGCCAACAGCGGUAUCGCUGGCACUGGAAACGACAAAGAAGAGGAGGAGGGCAAGGAAGGAGGCGCCGCCUCCACGGCACCUGCAGGCACAGACGAGGAAAUGAAAGAUUUAAGCAAGAAAGACGACGAUGCCAAGUCCAAAGACAAGACGAAAUCGGAUAAGACCAACACGAACACAGACUCUAACUCGAGCUCCACAUCAUCAUCAGCGACAGGCAACAACACCACCACCACCACCACCACCAACAACACGGACAAGGACAACAAAAAGAAAGAGUCGUCCGAAAAGUCAGCCACCAAGCCAGCCACCACUGACAAGUCAAACAAAUCCUCCCCCACAGACCCAGCAACCGGCGGCGGCGGUGACGCGGCGGACAUCAAGACGGAAGAUAGCAGCGGCGAUGGCGAGAACAAGGACGGUGCCGAUGUCAAGGAGGGACCAGUGUCGGGAACUGGAUCCGGGGCUGGAUCUGGGGCACCGGCAAAGGAGGGAGCCUUCAGCGAGAACAACAUGCAGUCGGCGGCGGCAGCUGCUCUGGCAUCGGCAGCUGUGAAGGCCAAGCAUUUGGCAGCUUUGGAGGAGCGCAAGAUUAAGUCUCUGGUGGCUCUCCUGGUCGAGACGCAGAUGAAGAAGCUGGAGAUCAAGUUGCGGCACUUCGAGGAGCUGGAGGCCACCAUGGAGCGGGAGCGAGAAGGUCUGGAGUACCAGCGACAGCAACUGAUCACCGAGCGUCAGCAGUUUCACUUGGAGCAGCUCAAAGCUGCCGAGUUCCGGGCGCGCCAGCAGGCUCACCAUCGCCUCCAGCAGGAGCUCCAAGGCCAGGCCGCUGCCGCCGGCGGCAUGAUCUUGCAGCAGCAACAACAACAGCAGCAGCAGUUGCCGCAGGCGCAACAGCAACUGCCACCUCAACAGCAGGCCCUGCCGCCGCAUCCACACCCGCACCAGGUGCCACCACAUCCGCAUCCGCACCAGGCCCCAGUUCCACCUCAGUCGCAACCCUUGGUAGGACCAGUUCAGCACCAGCCGUUGCCGCCCCACAUAGCCGGAUCCGUGGCGCCGCCUCCCAACGGAGCUCCGUUCGCAGCGCCCCCCAUUGUGCCCGCCGGAGUUCCUCCAAGCGCAGCUGGCGCCCCGCUCCCGACCAGCGAUCCGUCUGGAGCAGUUGCCGCCGCUCCGGCCCCUCAAUCUCAGGCACCAACUCCUAUGGAUACUACCCCGCCGAGUAGUUCUCCUGCGGCAGAGACCAGUGGCGCCCCACCAGGAUCGGCGCUACCCCCGGCCGGUAGCAUUCCCCCCGCGAGCGCUCCCUCCGCCGCUGCCCCCGGAGGCCCUCCACCUUCCUAAUUUUAAAUCCUAUGCGUAAGCCAGCAAACGUUAAAGUAACUAGCUCUAAGUCGUAUGCUCUCAGUAUGUAUUAUGUAUACUCUCCACUCUAAGCCCAACCUCUUGUGUAAUCUGUGGAUUGUCCCCACCCCCAUUUUGACAUGUCCCCCCCAACCCGAUUACAUCCCACGAGUUCCAUGUGUAUUUAGUUUUGUGUCCAUCCAUCAGGCAACCAUUAUGCACAAUUAUGUGAACAAAGUUUCAACUCCGAAAACGAUGGCAUUCAAUAAAAAUUUAAUUAAACUUA